AUGCGGCGGAUUCUCCAUCGGCUUCGGACCGAUUCCGAAGCAUCUGCCGAUGAAUGCGAGGACCAUCAGGGGAAGGAUCUCGAUGACUUCCAGCAGCAUGAGGAGGGAGAUCCCCAAGUACAGGCUCAGGGCUCCUCCCAGGUUGCUCAACAGGUUCGUGUCCUGAAAGCAUCCGAGUUGAUGGGAUCUCGACGGCUCAUCUCCUUAUUUUUCCCGUACGCGAACUCGACGUAUGGGACUUGCUACGUCUUCAACCUGAAGUUGAACCAGGACAAUGAUACAGAGGCCGGAUCCAGGAAAACAGUGUUCCCUGGUCCGAAUAAUGGACUGGAGCUGGAGUUAUACCUGGACGCGAGUCAGUGGCCAUCGAGCGUGAUGUCAUCGCAGGGCGGCGUCCGGGUUGUUAUCCAUCGAUCCGACAGCCUCCCUUCUCCUGAGGAAUCCGGAUUCGAUGCACGGACUGGCACGGCCACCAAUAUUGCCCUUAGACAGAUGGAAGUGUCGAGGCUGCCCUAUCCCUACGAAAACGACUGCUACGAUUCGUGGGACAAGACCGGUUACUCUCCGAGUGAUCCAAAACUCAUCGCCUAUGACUCCCUGAUGUGCAGGCGGAUGUGCCUGCAGGCAACGAUGCUGAACAUUUGCCAUUGCACACUCCCCUGGAUACAAGACUACUUCACGUUCUCGAACGGGACGCUCAACGGGACCAGAGCUUGCAACACUGAAAGCUACGAUUCUAUUGGCAACCAGUGCAUCAAUAAUGUGUAUGAAGGGGUGAAGAACGGGAGCAUCACGUGUCCCUGCAACGCAGAAUGC